UUUUCCAGGAUUUCUGUAUGAGACAUUCUUUUCUUUCCCUUUUCUUUUUCUCUUUCAAAAAUAGGUUCUAGCAAUAUUCAUAUUACACCGACGGGAUGUUGUUGGCAAUGAAUAUCUCCAUUUCUGUUUCUUUUAUUUUUUUUAUGGAUACUGUAGGCUGAAGGCUUUAAUAAUCUAGUUUAGCAGUGGGAAAGGUGGAGAGAAAUGCUUCAGGAUAGUGUAGAGCUGGUCUUUUCUGGGGACUUCUGCUUGCACCUUUCACAUGCAAAUAUGAUGAAAAUCAAAUGUGGAGCGGAGAGUGUAAUCACAGGGUUACAACAUGGCAUGGCUAAGUGGAUCAGAUAUGGUUCUUUUUCACGUUUCUGAUUCAUUUACAGCUACGGCCAUUUUUGCAUUUCCGCAAACCAGAACGAGAGUGCCUCUACCGAAUCAUUUUAUACAUUGCGACCGUAUACAUGUCCUUUGACUUCUCAAAAUGGCCUCGUGUGAGCAAUUCUUGGCAAAUAUGAAGAACGAUUCACGUUGUGCGCUAAGGACAUGUCCUAUGAGGAGAAACGGCUCAUUUUAGCUGAAAGACCUGUUUGCAAUUAUAUAGCAACAAAGUCACAAACACCUCUUCUUCCGGAACUGCUUGAAGUCGAUAAGAGUCACCUCUUCUUCGACGACUGCGUUUUGCAGAGGGACAAUACUCUUUCAUUUCUGUUGGUAUCAAAAAAUUUGAAGUUACAAUGUGCUAGAUACCUCUCCUUAACAUUGUGGAAAGAAAGCCGCUUUAGCAGUUGUAGACCUCUGGUACUGAUGAAGGAUGGUCAUGUCGACAUGAGAGGCGGAAGUUGCAGGCUGCAGCGUGUCGAAGAGAUGACUGACUCUUUCUUCCUCCGGCAUUACUGCUACUCGUAUAUCCCAGCUGUGCAGAAAGCGACCUGGCAGAGACUAAUGCGGAAGAAAGGACUUUUAACUAUUCAAGUCUUCACAGAUGCCAAAAGAAAAAAAAAACAAAAAUCUAUUAAAUGUUAGAGCAUUGGAAGAAACUUGAAGUCACGCCGUAAGAGAUGGCUACUAUAUUACUUCUGUAGCCAACUGAAGUCAUGCUUCAGGUUGGGGGGACCUGCUUUUCCUUUUUAAAACUGCAUGAGGCACGCCAUUCCUCUAUCUCCGUAAAGAGAGAAUAAGUGGU